AUGCUAGCCAAGAAGCGCGACCUUAAGAACUGGAUACAGCGGGCCUCCUCAGAACCCCACCAGGAACCCUACGACUCGGACGACGACCUCGCUCCUGCAAAGAUGAGCGUCUCGGGCGAUGAUGACAGGGAGACCAUCGACCCUCUCACCAACUGGUCCGCCUUCGUUCAAGAUGCUCACAUCCAUCUCAACUCCACCAGCACACGCCAGCGCCUCCAAUUUCUACAACGAGACGCUGUCAAAGCUGCAGAGCUGUCCGAGCUUCCAUCGGUGCAGAGGGCAGAGCUCCUCACUCUCAUCCUGCGUACCUACUCCAAAUACAUAGAUCGCGAAUCCAGGCUCGCUGCCCUCGGUGUCUUCUCCAGACUCGUCUCCAUGGACGAAGCAGCUACUUCACCAGACACAAACGGCCCUGUAGCAAAACAUGCCCUCGCUUGGCUCAAGAGAGAGGCAGAACGCAUCUGCAAGCCUUCCACCACCACAUCGCUUCCGACCAUUGCAGCACUACACGCCUACGUCUGCACUCUCUACUCCACUUGGUGCGCCCGUGUCACCGCCAGCAGCGAGGACCCAAAACCACAUUCCUUACCGGCCUUCGAGCCGCUUGUCCAGCUCCUUGCAACCACUCAUGAUACCAUCCUCUCCGACACAAUCGGACGCGACAGUGUCAGGAAGAACGCCGUUGCCUUGACCCGCCGCAAGUUGCGCAAAGCUCAUGCGUGCCUGCCACGUCUCAUGAGCAUCCUCUGUGCUACUCCUACUCCAGCCGCCGCCAUUCGCUCCUCAGCACUCCUCGGCGAGGCUGUCGGUGUCUGCACAAGGCUCCGAGCGGGCUCUGAACAGACAAAAGGCGCGCCAAGCGGCAUCGGUCGUGGCUACAUCAAGGACGUCAAGAAAGAGAUCCUCGCCUUCUACAGCACACAGAUCGUAGCUUCCAAGACCGCCGUGCCCGAGCACUCGCUACGCGCUUUCGACGACUUUGUCGCCGAUCAGGUUACAGAGCAAGACCUUUCUGCCACUCUGCGACCUCAGCUGGAAAAGAUGCUCCUUCGCUCACCCGAAGUGGCUCUGCCCAUCGCAACAAGGCUUUUCACCGCUGUCAAAGUCGACGUAGGCCCCCAUGCCAAGCCAUUGCUCAAUCCCGUCAUCUCCGCAUCACGGUCUUCCAACGCGGCCACCAGGACAAAGGCCUCCGACUUCUUCGCGGUUCUGUCCGCACGCAUCCGCGACGACGAUGCUGCCAAGACGGCGGUGGUAGAAGAACUGCUUGCCAUUCUCAAGGCAGGCAAGGCAGCAACGCCAGAGGCUAGGACUUCCAUCUAUCUCAUGCUCUCUUCUGUUGCACCCGGCGAGGCUGCGAAGAGCUCUACAGUCGUCGAAGUCAUCGCCUCUCUGCUGGCCAAGGAGUCGCAAGAGGCCUCCAUGCAUGCUGCUGUUGUUGCCAUCGCGCAUCACCUCGCCUGGCUACUUGGACAGGCUGACGCUUUGCCAGCUACGUCUGUAUCUGCCGCCAUCACAAAGGAGAUGCAGAACGCAAAGGUCCCCAUCAGGAAAGCCGUCUGCCUGGCCGUCGGAGACCUUUUCUGGUCCAUGACAGCUGAGCAGGCAGCCACCUCUGCCACCCGCGCCUUCGCAGAAUCCCUCUUGCCUGGUUUCGAGGCCAAUCUCAAGAAUGCGUCCACCAACCCGCUCACGGCUCCUGGUGGUCCUCUUGAAGGCUACAUCGCUGCGGCAGUCCUCGAAGGCCGUCUAGCAAGCCUAGGCUCUAGCAAGAUUGACGGCGUCCUCAGCAAAAAUGCCGCUCUAGAAGGUAUCUUGAUCGUCGAGCCCAAGCCUUCCUUCCUUCUUGCGGACAAGGUCUUCCGCAAGAUCGCCACACCAGAAGAGGAGAUCUGGCUCUCGCGCGCUUUGAAAGCCAUCAUCGAGCGUCGCAGCCAGAUCUUGACCGCAGAUCAGGCAGUGCAGGUCCAGCUCGCUCUUGCGCUUAUUCACGUGCUCUUCCACGCCACGGGACCCAACUCGAAGCGCUCAGUGCUGGCCUUGGUACAAGAGCUUGCUCAGGUCGAGCCUGUCCUCACACACGAUAUUGUCACCUCCGGCAUCUCUUCGUUCCUCCAGCACCCGCAGCUCUCGACAAGUGCCGCCGCUUCGUCGGCAACAAAAGCCAAUGGCGCACUCUCCGCGGCAUCGGCGUCGACUGGUGCUGCUGCGACCGCAUCUGUGGAUGCGGAGGACGCCAAGCCAUCUGCCGAGACCCGUGCGCGCGAUCUUCGUCGUCUUCUGUCCGCAGCUUCCACUUUCUCGGAGGAGCUCGACCCAGAGGCGAGGAAGAAGGCGCUCGUCGACACGCUCGUGCUUUCUCACCACGCCGACUUGCUCGAUCGCGGCACUUCCUGCUUCAUGGAUCUCACUUUCAAGGCCAAGAUCCUCCCCAUCGACCUGAUUACCUCCAAACAGCAGGACCUCAUCUCGGCUGUGCGCACGGCCAUUGACGACGCCCAUCUGCGAGAAGCAGGCUUCGCCGCUCUGACGACACUCGUUCGCCUCGCUCCCGACUCUGUCAUGGCCGAGCUCGUCUCGCAGAUCGAGGUGGAUGCGCCCUUAGACGAUCUACGCGCACUCACACAGGACGAUCUGGGCAUGUGGAGUACCGAGCCUGGCUCUUUGUACGUCGACGUACUCUCUAACACCAAGACAGAGACGGUCGACAAGAACAACAAAAACGCAAAGAUGGAUCAGUGGGAAGCCGAGCUCCGUGCCGACAUUGCCAAGAAAAAGGCAGCGCAGAACAAGACGCUCACAAAGGAGCAGAAGGCUGCUGUCGAUGCACAGUCCAAGAUCGAGGCGCAAGCACGAGCUAAAGUCGAAGAGAUUCGGUCUCGCUAUGUGCGCUCGCUCCGCACAGUCUCGUCGAUCGUCGGCGCGCGUACCGAGGAGAUGCAGAGCUACAUGCAAACGCUCGUCAACUUUGUUCUCCACACUUUUGAGAUCUCUCAAGCUCGCUUACUGUUCGAGAAGGAGGCGAAAGAGGCCUUCUGGGCGCUCUCGAGCUGCUGCUCUAUCCGACUGGAAGCCUACUCCAUGUUCAUCGGUGUGGCGCUGCUGCGCACCAUCGACGAGGAGCUCGUGCAGGAAGACUUCCGCGCUGAGCCCAUCAACGAGCUUGUGCUUCGCAUUCUCUACCGUCUGCGAUCUCUGUCCGAGCAGUCUCCUCUGGAUCCCGGCACGGUCGCCUUCACCGAUCCGCUCAUCGUUCGCAUCGUGCGGGCGGGCGGGUUUGGUGUCGAUUCAGAGGACACAGACUCGGUCCUGGAGCAGAUCCAGCUCUCGCUCGACUUCAUCGACUUUCACGGCUCCGCGUGCGAAGACAUGCGCUAUCCUCGUUCGUCAUUCAUCGACAGCCUGGUCACGAUCGUGGCAAAGCACACACAGAUCUCCAAAGAUGCUGUCUCGGCGCUGCGGGACAUUGGCGAGGCGCUCAGGACGACGGCACUGCCCGCUGAAAUCCACAAGCUGCUGUCCAACACUAUGGUGGACGAGGUGUACGUGCGCAAUGGCUGCCUUCAAGCCAUCCAGCCGCUCGAUCUCACCGAUCUCGUCUUCCCUCUGGAGCUGUGGCUGGCUUGUCACGACGAGGACGAGGAGAAUGCGCGACUUGCCGAAAAGGCGUGGGAGGAGAACGGUCUCGAUGUGCCAGAGGCUUUCGCCGAUCCGCUGAUUGCUCUGCUCGAGCACAAGAUCGCCUACGUCCGCGACAGCUGUGCCCGUGCUCUUGCUGCUGCUACCGAGCAGCACCCCGAGCAAGUGUCAAGUGUCGUCGCCAAGCUCUGCCAGCUGUACAAGGAGAGGAACAAGGUGUUGGCUGCCGAAUACGACCGUUUCGGUAUGGUCAUCGAUUCGACCAAGAACCGUCAGGACCCCUGGCAGACGCGUGCGGCCAUCGCCGUUGCCUUGCGUCACCAGUCUCCCUACCUGCAAGGCACCGACGUACCCACCUUCUUCGAGUUCAUGAUCGACGGACAAGCGCUUGGAGACCGCAGCGAAGACGUGCGACCCAAGAUGCUCGAAGCUGCCACUGUUGUGAUCGAUACACACGGCAAGGAGCACCUCUCGAAGCUAAUUGCUAUGUUUGAAGCCUUCUUCAGCAACCCUCAGGGCUCGACAGCGGACGACGGCAUCACAGAGGCCGUGGUCAUUCUUCUCGGUCGCGAAGCUCGUCACCUCGACCCCAAGGAUCCCCGCGUCAGCAAGGUCGUUGAUCGACUCACUGACGCUCUCAAGACACCCUCCGAGCUUGUCCAGUCAGCCGUCGCGGACUGCUUGCCGCCGCUCGUCCGCGCCAUCAGCAAGGAUGUCCCGCGCCUCUUUGAUUCGCUCUUCAAGGAGCUUUUCGAUGCUCCCAAGUACGCUAGCCGACGUGGUGCCGCGUACGGUCUCGCAGGCCUCGUGAUGGGUCGAGGUAUCAGCAGCAUCAAGGAGUUUGACGUCAUGAACAAGCUCGCCGAAGCUUUCGAGGACGCCAAGAACCCGACGCGCCGACAAGGAGUCAUGUUCGCGUACGAGACCUUGACGUUGACGCUCAAGAGGCUCUUUGAGCCCUACAUCAUCGGCAUCUUGCCGCAGAUGCUGGCCGGAUUCGGUGACGUCUCGAGUGAUGUGCGUGAGGCCACGCAGGAUGCCGCCAAGGCGAUCAUGCAGAAUGUCUCUGGACACUGUGUCAAGAUCAUUCUGCCUACACUGUUGUCUGGUCUCGACGAGAAGCAGUGGAGGACCAAGAAGGGAGCCAUUGAGCUGCUCGGUGCCAUGGCCUACUGUGCGCCCAAGCAGCUCUCGCUCUCGCUGCCGACCGUCAUCCCGCGCCUCAGCGAGGUACUGACCGACUCGCACACUCAGGUGCGCACGGCAGCGAACAAGAGUCUGAAGCAGUUCGGUGAGGUGAUCAACAACCCAGAAAUCAAGGAGCUGGUCCCGGUGCUGCUCAAGGCUCUCAUCGACCCCAACACCAAGACGGGCACCGCUCUCAAGGGUGUGCUCGAGACGAGCUUCGUCCACUACAUCGACUCGCCCUCUCUGGCGCUCGUUAUUCCCAUCAUCGAUCGUGGUCUCAAGGAGCGCAGCGCCACAAUUCAGAAGGAUGCAGCUCGCAUUGUCGGCAACUUGGCCGGUCUCACCGACUCGAAGGACUUUGUGCCGUACCUUGGCAAACUCAUCCCGAUGGUCCGUCUGGUGCUCAUUUCGCCCGUGCCCGAGGCGCGUGCUGUAGCUGCCAAGGCGCUCGGUACGCUCGUCGAGCGACUCGGAGAAGUGCACUUUGUCGACCUGGUUCCCUCGCUUUUGGGUGUGCUGCGAUCCGACGCUACCGGUGUCGAUCGCCAAGGUGCUGCCCAGGGUCUCGCCGAAGUGUUGGCGGGUCUCGGCAUGGAGCGCAUGGAGAAUUUGCUGCCCGAAAUCAUCAACAGCGCUUCGGAUCCCAAGGCCUACGUGCGAGAAGGCCACAUCUCGUUGCUCAUCUAUCUUCCCGCGACGUUCGGUCAUCGUUUCGCGCCUCAUCUUGGUCGCAUCAUCCCGCCGAUCCUCAGCGGUAUCGCCGACGACGCCGAGACGGUUCGAGAGGCUUCGAUGCGUGCUGGUCGCAUGAUCAUCGCCAAUUACUCGUCAAAGGCGGUGGAUCUGCUCUUGCCUCAUCUCGAGACGGGUCUGUUCGACGAGGCGUGGCGUAUCCGAAUGUCGUCCUUGCAGCUCACUGCCGAUCUGCUCUUCCGUCUUUCCGGUAUUUCGGGCAAGAACGAGGUGGAGGACGAAGGUGUCGACGAGGAUAUGGAGCAUCUGGCUGCCAACAACUCGGUGCAGCGUGCGCUCGUGGAAGCGCUCGGUCAAGAGAGGCGCGAUCGCAUUCUGGCAUCCAUCUACAUUGUGCGACAAGACCCCAACAUCCCUGUACGACAAGCUGCCAUCCACACGUGGAAGGCCUUGGUGCACAACACACCGCGGACGGCUCGCGAAGUGUUGCCGACGAUGCUCGACAUUCUCAUCAAGUCACUCGCCUCGAACGGCGACGAGAACCGGGAGAUGGCCGCCAGGACGCUCGGAGAGCUGGUCAAGAAGCUGGGCGAGAAGAUCUUGCGCGAAACCAUUCCCAUCUUGCGGAUGCGUGGUGCCACGUCGGAGGAUCCCAAGACGCGAUCGGGUGUCUGCUACGCCGUCACCGAGGUGCUGGCCAACUCGACCAAGGGUCAGCUGGAGGAUCACGAGGAUGCCAUCAUUGCCGUCGUUCGUCACGCGCUCGUCGACGAGUCCCAGUCAGUGCGACAUGCCGCUGCCCAGGCAUUCGAUGCGACGCAGACCUACAUUGGUCCUCGCGCCAUCGACGAGACCAUCCCGACGCUGCUAGAGGCACUGUCGGACACGAGCGGUGGGACUUCCGAGACGGCACUGGCCGCGCUGCGCGAGGUGAUGCGAGCUCGUUCGGACGUGGUGUUCCCUGUGCUGGUGCCCACGCUGAUCGCCCAGCCGAUCACAUCCUUCAAUGCUCGUGCGCUUGCCGUGCUGGUGCGUGUCGCCGGCACAGCGCUCAACCGACGUCUGUCGAACAUUCUCACAGCGCUCUCCAAGGCGCUGGAUACGGAGAAGGACGAGACAAUCCGUGCCGACCUGCAGACUGCCGUGGAAGCACUGCUUGGUUCGGUCUCGGACGUCGACGGUCUGCACCAGACGAUGCUGCUCCUGCUCGGAUGGGCGGGAUCCAAUUCGUCGCCGCAGCAGCGUGUGGCUGGAUGCAACUUCUUCAAGGUGUUCUGCCAGGUCAAGAAGUCAUCGGUCGAUGUAUCGGACUAUCUGGUCGACUGGCUGCGCAAGCUUGUCUCGCUGCUCGAUGACCCGGUCCCGGCCGUGGUCGAUGCUGCAUGGGAGGCUCUGGACGCUUGCCUCAAGACGGUGAGCAAGGACGAGCUGGAAGGACUGGUGGUGCCGCUGCGUCGCAGUUUGGAGAACACGGGUGCUCCCGGCCGCGAGCUGGCAGGUUUGUGCCGACCCAAGGGCGCGUCCCCACUGGUUCCGGUCUUCCUCGCCGGUCUCAUGAACGGCACUCUCGACCAGAGGCAGAACGGCGCGUUGGGUCUGUCGGAUAUUGUGGAGCGUACGUCGUCUGACGCCAUCAAGCCGUUUGUCACGUCGAUGAUCGGACCUCUGAUUCGAUUGUGCGGUGACCGUCACCCGCCUCCCGUCAAGGCCGCCAUCCUCACGAGUCUGGACACGAUGGUGCGACGCAUUCCUGCGCUGGUGCGACCGUUCUACCCGCAGCUGCAGCGAUCGUACCAGAAGGCGGUGUCGGAUGCGUCAAGCGCUACGGUGCGCACCAAGGCCGGUGUGGCGCUGGGCAACCUGAUGGCGCUGCAGACACGUGUGGAUCCUGUGAUCGCCGAGCUGGUGCAGGGCGCUCGUGCUGGUCUGGGUGAGAGUGGUGGUGCCAGCGCUGUGGCUUCUGCUGGGUUGGCAGGAGCGGCUGGUGGCGGUUCGAGCGAUCCAGCUGAUCUGGCCGACUCGUUCGCUCAUGCUCUCGCCCACGUCCUCACCAACGCACCUGCCAAGAACAUCGGACAGGCGAGCCGUGAUCAAGUGCUGGCGCUCAUAGAUGCUACGUUUGACGCGCCUAUCACGAUCAAGGAUGCGUUCCGACAAGGGAUGGCCGAGGUGGUGGGUUCGCUGGUCAAGCUGGACCCCGCUAUGGCAACGACGGUGCUGCAGAAGCACGUGGUUGGCGGUGGCGCAGGCGACGUCGCGCUGCAGUCUCAAAGUGUGCGCGCGGCUCUAGAGAAGGAUGCGGUGGCAUUGCACGAGCUUGGACUGGCGGAUGAGCUGGUCAAGGCGGUCAUGUCGUGGAUCAGUCAAGGGUCGGCCAUCUCGCGGCCUGCGAAAGAGUCGAGGGAGCUCGUCCGCGACUCAUCGGCUUGGAAGGCAGAGGCCAAGGCUGCUGAUUGGAUCUGA